GGGUGGCGGUAUUUCACCCAACAGCACGGCCAGAAGAAGAAGAAGAUGAUGAUGAUGACGACAGCGGAAGUUGGCUCCAAAAGGAGGCGUCGACGUAAACGGCAUUGAUUGAGUGUACACGUUACCAUCAUGUUAUAAAGCAACAAUGUCGUCGUAUCAGUACAUUAGACAUUUUGUCAACGAACGACUAGCUGCCGCCGCAGAAGAGAUUGCGGGAGUCUUUAUAAAUACUAUCGUCGAGUAUGAGGAGGAGAUUGGUCGCCAGCGUCGGCUUUUGGAUUCCAUUCGCACACCCCGAAUAAAGCUGCAGCUAUUAGACCGCGAAGAGCAAGGCCAGCAGCAGGAAGUUCUUACUGGGUUGGACCAGGAAGAACCUCCCCAAAUUAAAGAGGAACCCUGCACCAGUCGAGAUGGAGGGGAGGUGGAACUGAAGCAGGAGCGGGAUACCUUCCCACUGAUUUGUCAAGGAAGUUGUGACAGAGACAAUCCGACUCUGGACCGUAGCCCCGGUGAGAGUCGGAGUCGUGCAGAAGAAUCGGACUCUGAAAAUGAGCCCCGUUUACACAGCUCGGAGGUUGACGGGAGUCGAGAUGACAAAGCCGCUGGUUGUGGCGAGUCGGGAUGGAGGACACAUGAAGAGGCAAAACUAAAGCGCAACAAAACCAACAGUCUUGACCUCCAAGAGCAAGACAUCUCCAAGCCUCAGGAGUUUCUCACGAGGUGCGAGUGGUCCAAUGUGGACCAAGAGGACGCAGCGCCUCCACAGAUUAAAGAGGAACCCUCCACCAGUCAUGAUGGAGAGCAGCCGGAAAUGGAAAACUUGAUGUACUUUCCCGUUUGUCGGGAAAGUUCCCAUGCGGAGGAUGGGAUUUUGGACAACGCCACAAACGCAGAUAACAAAUUAAAACACAGCAGUUACAGUCCGUACGCACAUACGAGAAUCCGCAAAGGGGAGAAGCGGUGUGUUUGUAGCCUGUGUGGGAAAAGAUUUUACAAUAAAACAACACUCAGGCUACACAUAAUGAGCCACACCGGCGAGAAGCCGUACGCUUGCGACAUCUGCGGGAAUAGAUUCACGGUGAUCGCCAUGUUAAACCGACACAUGAAGAUCCACACUGGCGAGAAACCGUACCCCUGCGGCCACUGCGAGAAGAGAUUCAGUGACAAGACGGCGCUGAGGGUGCACAUGAGGACCCACACGGGCGAGAAGCCGUACCCUUGCGACAUGUGCGAGAAAAGACUGAGCAGCGCCACGGCCCUCAAGGUCCACAUGCGGACUCACACGGGGGAGAAACCGUUCUGCUGCAACACCUGCGGGGGCACCUUCCGAGCCAAGACGGCGCUGAAAAGCCACAUGAGGAUCCACACGGGCGAUAAGCCGUACACCUGCGACUUCUGCGACAAGAGGCUGAGCAGCACGACGGCGCUGAAGGUUCACUUGAGGACUCACACGGGGGAGAAGCCGUACCCUUGCGGCAUGUGUGAGAAGCGACUGAGCAGCACCACCGCCCUCAAGAUUCACAUGAGGACUCACACGGGAGAGAAACCCUUCUCGUGCAACACGUGCGGGAGUCGAUUUAGAGCAAAGGCGACGUUAAAAAUACAUAUGAGGAUCCACACUGGUGAGGCCACGCCCCUGUGACCUCUCAGAGUACCUCUCGCCAUUCCACCACACUUGAAAUACAAAUAAUCCAUUAAAUAGUCUUUUACUGUCUCUACAUUUUAGCAACACAAGUUAGCACCAGCCAUCCCUCCUUUACUGCAGUUAAUGGGUUCCACACCAGACUGUGAGACGUGAAUUUCCUUAUUAAAAUGGAAUAUUUUUGUAGUUAGAGCAUAGAAAACCUCUUUAUGACCGUCUAAAUAUGUUUUCCUAACAUUAGAGCCCUCUACACAUGAAAUAACACCCCUAUAGUCACCAAUAUAGUGGAAAUUAUAAAAGAAAAAAAGACCACGCACGUUGGGAGAGUUCCUUCUGUGCUUCUGGGUUGAGUGCAGUACUUCCUGCCGGGGCUCUUGUCUCAUCAAUGUAACAUUACUGACACCUGUUAUCAUGUCUUUGAAUGUGUCUUCUGAAUGCCUUACAUUUGUAUACAAUUUAUUUAGCCAUUUUUAUGCUUGAUUUAGGCCAGCAAAUCUGCGAAAGGUGAGGGAACACGGUACACGGUACAUGAAGCUGGACAUAGUAAAGAUUAAAAUCAUGCUAUUGAACUUUCUUCAUGGUCUUAUGCUGCUUAUGAAAGCCUAUAAAGUGAACCAACAGUGGCUGUCUAACCUCGGCAUCAGCAAUAGUGUGUGUCUCCCCAUGCAAGACAAGAGGGGGCCCAGUCUAAUAGCACAGUCAGAGAACGAUGGCCCCCGUAACACCACUCAAAAGCGUCAUCUGCAUUGACACACAAACACACCGCGGCCUAAUUAGAGCGGACAGGGCUUAUGAGUGAGGAAGAUGGGUGCAAAAAAAAAAAAAAAAAAAUAGUGCAGAGUAGCCAAAUAGAAAAAGCAGAGGUGGAGCAGCAAGAGCGAUUAGGGAACAAAUGCACUCGCUCUUUAAAGUUUUAAAGUGAAGUGCUGGCAGAAUGGUGGCCUGCUUCUCGAGUCCCCUCCCUCCUGUAAAAUGGAUGAUGUCCAAGGAAUGUUAUUACACUUCUCACCGAUGUGCGCUCUAAGAGGUUUAGGCAUGUCAUCUUAAUCUUGUUCGUCCUGGUGCUGAACUUUGCACUCUACAACUCAUAAAACGAAUCUGAAACUUUUACAAAUCCAUUAUUAGAUCAAAAAUGAGUGUAAAUAAAGGAAAGCCAUGCCUCUGUUAUGGGGCAGAUGGAGCUCUUUUAUUACUUUUAUAACUUUAUCCUGACCUGAACACAUCAAUAUAAGCGCAACUGCAACACCAUAUAUUUGUAUCGCCAACUCCUAAACGCGUCCUAGUCUGUUCGUCUUGGGAAGAACACUUCCUCAUUCUUGGAAGGUGCAUUGAAGCACACUCCGAACAUCACAAUGACAUCUUAAUUACGCGCGCGCGCCUGUGUGGUGUAAAUAAACACAAAUACAAAAGAAGAACAAUAUUUUACGCGGACGUAGCACUCAUAAGCAUUUAAGUAUGAUUGGAAAUCCCUGAAAAUGCACUUAAAACGUGAAUUGUACAUCACGGGGUGUCUUUGAAUGCAAACUCAUUGCUCAUAAUACCGCAGUUAAAGUGUGAUUCAAAUGUUCUGCUAUGAGUCACUUGAUUCAGAUCUUCAAUUCAUUUGGAGCCGUUAAAUCUCCGUCAAAUGUUUCGUUCGAAAGUGCCUCCGCAGGUUAUGUUUGAAACGGCACAGACAAAAUCCACACAAACCCUAGCAAUCUGCAUUCUACCUCCUCGCCACUAGAGGGUGACAUUUAACAGCCUGUCGACAUUGCAGGCAUGCUGUAAGAUUACGUUUUGGUUCAAAUAAACAAUUUGAAAGACUUGCAUAUUGAUCAGGAGAAAACAUGUUAACAAACAGUGUUCCUCCCACUUCCUUCUUGACAUAAAACUAAAUUAGAUACCUUGAAUGUGAAAUUCUCACGACUGACAAUAUCCUUAAUAUGUCUGAUGUGAAAGGCACCCAAAUACACACGCACAGUGCACAAACAGACGCACUAAAUGGAGCUAAACAUCCUCUUAGAGACGACAGGCUUAAACCUUUUUACGCAUGAGUCACCUCCUGUUUGGAGUUAUGCAAAUGACUUAUUCAUAGCCACAUCUUGGCUCACUUUUGCCAACCAUAUGCUGCAAAGGUCAGAGAGUAUCAACUGUCCAGAAGUUUUGGAAGGUUCAGGGAUCGCCAAAGUCAUUGAGAUGAAUCCUCUUGGGAACUCACACCGAGCGUCACAAAGAGAGUGUCGCGGCCGUAAUCGUCAUGCAGGUUUUGACGGUAAACAUUUAGCCUGACGUCACCAGAAUCUUACGUUUACAUCUACUGUACCAGAGUAACACUUUCAAACAUUUCACUAUUUAUUUGCGUGUUUUUUUAAACACUUACUCCACAGAAGCACACGACUCAAGAGUGCAGGCGGUGUCCCAAUACUUUUGUCCAGCUUACCCGUGCACAUUGACACUUGAUAUCACAAGGCAGAGCAUUUUACUAUCAAUAUCAUAGAAUAGACUUUACCGUCACCGGUGCAGGAACCACGAGAAGCAGUUCAGCUUAUGU